AUGACUUCCAAGGAGGAUGGCAAGGCGGCGCCGGGGGAAGAGCGGCGGCGCAGCCCGCUGGAUCACCUGCCGCCACCCGCCAACUCCAACAAACCGCUGACUCCGUUCAGCAUCGAGGACAUCCUCAACAAGCCGUCUGUGCGGAGAAGUUACUCGCUGUGCGGGGCGGCGCACCUGCUGGCGGCCGCGGACAAACACGCGCCGGGCGGCUUGCCCCUGGCGGGCCGCGCGCUGCUCUCGCAGACCUCGCCGCUGUGCGCGCUGGAGGAGCUCGCCAGCAAGACCUUUAAGGGGCUGGAGGUCAGCGUCCUGCAGGCAGCCGAAGGCCGCGACGGGAUGACCAUCUUUGGGCAGCGGCAGACCCCUAAGAAGCGGCGAAAGUCGCGAACAGCCUUCACCAACCACCAGAUCUACGAGUUGGAGAAGCGCUUCCUCUACCAGAAGUACCUGUCCCCCGCCGAUCGCGACCAAAUCGCGCAGCAGCUGGGCCUCACCAACGCUCAGGUCAUCACCUGGUUCCAGAAUCGGCGCGCCAAGCUCAAGCGGGACCUGGAGGAGAUGAAGGCCGAUGUGGAGUCCGCCAAGAAACUGGGCCCCAGCGGGCAGAUGGACAUCGUGGCACUGGCCGAACUCGAGCAGAACUCGGAGGCCGCGGGCGGCGGGGGCGGUGGCUGCGGCAGGGCCAAGUCGAGGCCUGGCUCUCCCGCGCUCCCUCCAGGCGCCCAGCAGGCCCCGGGCGCCGGGCCCCUGCAGCUCUCUCCCGCCUCCCCGCUCACGGACCAGCCGGCUAGCAGCCAGGACUGCUCAGAGGACGAGGAAGAUGAGGAGAUCGACGUGGACGAUUGAGCCGCGCCCGGGAUCUUCCGCCGCGCCGGGCCCCUAGCGCCGGUAUGCCCGCCGCCUCCCGGACCGCCGAGGGGAGCUGGGACCUCCUCUGCAACUCCCGCCUUCUCUCCUGUCCCUGGCCCGGACUCAGCUCCCGGCAGCCGCCUCCUCCCUCUCGAAGCAAUAAACCCGGGCUGGCCGGCCGGGCCGGCCGCUACGAGCGGCCUUGGCCGCCCCGGGAGCCCUCGCCGUGCAAUUCUGUAUGGCUUCUGUAUAAAUAUUUAAACUUAUAUAGCGGGUUCUUCCCACCUCAGCCUGACUUCUUUCUUUCUUUCUUUUAUUUUUUUAAAAUCUCGGAGAUUUCCACGUUUUCAAAGCUCUCAGGCUGCCGGGUUUGCUGAGGGUGAGGCAGUAUCGAGGGGUAACCAACACUUAACCCCGUGGUCUGGAGGAGGGGGCCCGCCCCAACUGUUUUGAUUUUUCUCUGCAUGUGGCGAAUGCACUGGCCCUCUUCCUCCUCGCCUCCCUAGGCCUAUUGCAGUUGACUUAUUUCCUUCUAACCUUUUUCCCCUUGUGGGAAGGGACUGAGGGGGACAGCCGGGGUCCUGACUUGCAAGUUUCAAAUCGAUCUUUUCUCUCCCCCAUCCCCGUCCCCAAAAGUCUGUUUUCGAUGCCAUUUCUGCCUCCUGAUGCCCACUAAUGCUAUUUUUAAGAUUCCUCCUCCCUCUCUCCGUUUCCUUGGAUUGACUGCUGGGGUCCGGGUCUUAGGGACAAAGCAGGGGGAAAUCCAGCCAAUCAGCCAACUAAAAUGGAACCCAAAGCCCUAGAAUUAUUUUUUACUCUUUUUAGAAUUUUUUUGCAUGUGACAGAGACUGAGAGGAGGCCACCCGAAGCCCUCACCCCACCUCCUCCGCAGCUCUGGGUCUGAUUGCAGUCUCCAACGUCCUGCUCCUAGCUCUACUUGGCCAGACAAGGGCGACUCGAUGAGGUUGGGUCCCGCGUGCCCCUUCCCUGCUCCUGCCCUCUCUGCCCCGGACUGUACCCAAGGCCUCUUUCUCCGAUAAAUAAA